UGUAUCAGAUGCUCCAGUCCUGUAACUGUUUCAGUGGCCUAGCUUCUAUGAAAGUAUUACAUAAUAUAAACUAUCAGAGGCAUGUUCCAACCAAGGAACAUAAGUAAACAUAAGUAAAACGUAAGUAAAAACAACACUUUGAACGUAUUUUUUUCACUUUUCUAUGAGAUCUACCUUGCUGUUGAUUACGAAUUAAUAAAGACCUUUUUCUGCUCUUGUUCCUUUAGCUUCUUCCAUUCUAACAAGAAUAUUAACUUAUUUUAUAGCAAUAUCAUACUUAUGGUCAAGAUUAAUAACUGUUUUUAAGGUAUAUAUUUUAGGAAACUCUCCUGCAAUACAGAUUGGGCUGAUUCUACAGUAGUUAAACUAUGACCUUCAUAAAAUGAAAUAAAUUAACUUUUGAAGUAUUGUGGUCAAAAUUUGCACUGUUCAGGAUACAUGUUUACCAUAUACUACACCAAAAUAAACUAUAAGCAUUUCACAAGCAUCAACCAAAUUACUUUUUAAGCUUGUGCGCUAAGAUGGGAAACUAGUGUGUAAAACUGCAGCUGAGUCAAAACUGAACCCCAAGCCUCAUUCUCAGCAUAAACACUGCACGGGUGCUGUUCAGGGCCAGAUAAGUCACAUUUGCCUGAGCUGAUAAGUGCAACAGUCCGUUUACUUCCAGUUUACUUAAAUGGCUAAAACAGCACAAGAAGUAGUCCCCUCGAACCCUGACCCCACAAUUAUGUGAGAACUCCAACCAAACUGAAUGUACCUACUCAUUGCCAUGAGGUUGCUCAUGACACUGUGACUGAUGAGAGUUAAAGGCCAUGGAUGAAGAUGGGCUUGAAUUGCAGCCACAUGAGCCAAAUGCGUUUUUUGAUCCAACAGGAGCUGAUGCAGCACAUAUGGACGGAGAUCAGAUUGUUGUGGAAGUACAGGAAACAGUAUUUGUUUCAGAUGUAGUCGACUCAGAUAUAACCGUACAUAAUUUUGUUCCUGAUGAUCCAGAUUCUGUAGUAAUCCAAGAUGUCAUUGAGGAUGUUGUUAUCGAGGAUGUUCAGUGCCCAGAUAUUAUGGAGGAGCCAGACGUAUCUGAAACUGUCAUUAUUCCUGAACAAGUGCUGGACACAGACGUAGCUGAAGAGGUUUCUUUGGCUCAUUGCACUGUCCCAGAUGAUGUUCUAGCUUCUGACAUAACAGCAGAAGCAAUGUCAAUACCAGAACAUGUACUGACGAGCGAGUCAAUGCAUGUACCUGAAGUUGGACAUGUAGAACAUGUAGUUCAUGAUAAUGUUGAAGAAACAGAUAUUGUCACCGAUACUCUGGGAACAGAUGUUGUUUCUGAAGAAGUUUUGGUGGCAGACUGUGCAUCAGAAGCAGUGAUUGAUGCCAAUGGAAUCCCUGUGGAACAUCAAGACGAGAAGGGCAACUGUGAAGAUUACCUGAUGAUUUCUUUGGAUGAUGCCGGUAAGAUAGAACACGAAGGUUCUGCUGAAAUUACCAUGGAGGCAGAGUCAGAAAGCGGCUCUUGUAAAGUGGAUGGCAUUUGUCCAGAAGUCAUCAAGGUCUAUAUAUUCAAAGCAGAUCCUGGAGAAGAUGAUUUAGGGGGCACGGUAGAUGUUGUCGAGAGUGAGCCAGAAAAUGAUCACGCAGUUGGCUUACUUGAUCAAAAUAGCAGUAUUCGUAUUCCAAGGGAGAAAAUGGUUUACAUGACUGUAAAUGAUUCUCAGCACGAAGACGAAGAUUUAAAUGUUGCGGAAAUAGCUGAUGAGGUUUAUAUGGAAGUAAUUGUAGGAGAGGAGGAUGCAGCAGUGGCCCAUGAACAGCAAAUUGAUGACAACGAAAUUAAAACUUUCAUGCCCAUAGCAUGGGCAGCAGCUUAUGGUAAUAAUAGUGAUGGCAUUGAAAGUCGGAAUGGCACUGCAAGUGCUCUUUUGCACAUAGAUGAGUCAGCUGGACUUGGGAGACUGGCUAAGCAAAAACCAAAGAAGAAAAGGAGGCCUGAGUCUAGGCAGUAUCAAACAGCAAUAAUCAUUGGCCCCGAUGGUCAUCCAUUGACAGUCUACCCCUGUAUGAUUUGUGGAAAGAAGUUCAAGUCUAGAGGUUUCUUGAAAAGGCACAUGAAAAACCACCCGGAGCACCUUCUUACUAAGAAAAAAUACAGAUGCACAGACUGUGAUUACACUACGAAUAAGAAAAUAAGUUUACAUAACCACUUGGAGAGUCAUAAGCUGACCAACAAAACAGAAAAGCUUAUUGAGCGUGAUGAGUGUGGGAAAAGCUUCUCUCACGCAGGAGCUUUAUUUACACACAAGAUGGUGCACAGGGACAAAGGAGUCAAUAAAAUGCACAAGUGCAAAUUCUGCGACUAUGAGACAGCAGAACAAGGAUUACUGAAUCAUCACCUUCUAGCUGUCCACAGCAAGAACUUUCCUCACAUUUGCGUAGAGUGUGGCAAGGGAUUUCGUCAUCCGUCGGAGCUCAAGAAGCACAUGCGAAUCCACACUGGUGAAAAACCCUACCAGUGCCAAUAUUGUGAAUACCGAUCUGCCGACUCUUCUAACUUGAAAACUCACGUAAAGACUAAACACAGUAAGGAAACGUCGUCCAAGUGCGAUAUUUGUUUCCAGACUUUUACAGAUACCAAAGAGCUACAGCAGCAUACACUUAUGCAUCAAGAAAGUAAAACACACCAGUGUUUGCAUUGUGACCAUAAGAGCUCAAACUCGAGUGAUCUGAAACGACACAUAAUUUCAGUCCACACAAAAGACUAUCCUCAUAAGUGUGAUAUGUGUGAUAAAGGCUUUCAUAGGCCUUCGGAACUGAAAAAACACGUGGCGGCUCACAAGGGUAAAAAAUUGCACCAAUGCAGACAUUGUGACUUUAAGAUUGCAGAUCCGUUUAUUCUGAGUCGCCACAUACUCUCAGUUCACACAAAGGAUCUUCCAUUCAGGUGCAAGAGAUGUAGAAAGGGCUUUAGGCAACAAAAUGAGCUGAAAAAACACAUGAAAACACACAGUGGCAGGAAAGUUUAUCAAUGUGAGUACUGUGAGUAUAGCACUACAGACGCCUCAGGCUUCAAACGGCAUGUUAUUUCCAUUCAUACAAAAGACUACCCUCACCGUUGUGAGUAUUGCAAGAAAGGUUUCCGAAGGCCUUCAGAGAAGAACCAGCACAUUAUGCGGCAUCAUAAAGAUGUUGGGCUGCCUUAAAGUCUCUUUCACAGACUUAUGGCUGGAAUUGUAAAGGAAUUUUGCCUUUCAGGCAGUUAGCUUAUUUUAAAGCCAAUCACCUGCGAUCACCCACCCACCCACAAAAACAAACAAAAAAAUAACAAAAAAAACCAUACUGUGCAUUUGAUUUGUUGCUGUAUAAAAAUAGGAUUAUUGCUUCUAGUUGACUUUUAUACCUUUUGUUCAAUAGCGUGUUCUGAAUUCUAUUCAGUUUGUUUAAUAAAUGAAGAAAAGAUGGCAACAAUAAAGUUGCAUUUAAUAAAGUAAACCCCGUCUCUUAAUGAAUUUUUCAACCGUAAUGGUUUAUUUAAGUAUAUUUAUCUUACUGACCUCGUUGAUACUCACAGUGUCCAUGUUAAUGCAGUUUUGUCGUGAAUUUUAAAAAUAUUAAAUUUCUCUUGCUAAAAUUGUCAGAGGUGUGUAUGAAAUGGGGAAUUGUGAUGCUGAAGAUAAAGUCACUAGGGCCCACCUAAUUGUCUUGUUUUGACUAUACAGACUGUGGCAAGUUAACUAUUUUACGUUUAAGGAGUUACACGUCUAACUUUAUUGCGGAAAACUAUUCUGCGUUUUAAUUCAGGUUUCAAAGA